GGCUGAUGUGGGCCUUGAUCCCAUGACACUGAGACCACGACCCCAGCUGAAAUCAAGAGAGGGACGCUCAACCAACUGAGCCACCCAGGCACCCCAUCAGUGACGGUGAUUUUUAAGAAAGCUUUCCCUGGAUGCAAUAUGGAGAGUGGACUGGAGGGAAGAACUAACAGAUGUAGGAAUCCUAGUUUGGAGCUGUGGCCAUAAUGCAGGUGCCGUCCUCCGCUCAUGUAAAUGAUCGGUCGAUAUUUUGAACGUUGGGAGAUACGAGAAGGCGUGAAAAGUUCUGCGAGGAAAAGCUUCCAUCCACCCGGUAAAAGUAUCUGUGAAGCCAGGAGUUAUUCAUAUCCUCCACCAGGAUGGGCAUAAUUGUAAAAUCUACCUGCCAGUCUUUCCCAGGCUCAUGGACAGAUAUUAUCUACAUUUGUGAAUCACAGCUCUGUGUGGCUCAGCAGAGACGCAAAUGAAAAAAAUCUGGGUGAAGGCGGUCAAGUCCUGCCUGACCUGCAUGGUGAACUAUUGUGAGGAGCACCUGCGGCCUCACCAGGAGAACAGCAAACUGCACAGCCACCAGCUGACCGAGCCCGUGAAGGACCGGGACCUGCGCACCUGCCCUGCCCACCGCAGCCCGCUGGUCGCCUUCUGCUGCCCCGAUGAGCAGUGCGUCUGCCAGGAGUGCGGCCAGGACGAGCACAGGGGCCACGCCUUGGUCUCCUUGGAUGCCGCCCGCAGGGACAAGGAGGCUGAACUUCGGGACACCCAGUUAGAGCUGGAACGGAAACUCAGGUUGAAUGAAAACGCCAUCGCCAGGCUCCAAGCCAACCACAAAUCUGUUUUGGUGUCAGUGUCGGAGGUGAAGGCGGUGGCCGAGGAGCAGUUUGGGGAGCUGCUUGCUGCCGUGAGGAAGGCCCAGACCGACGUGAUGCUCUUCUUGGAGGAGAAGGAGCAAGCGGCACUGAGCCAGGCCAGCGGCAUCCGGACGCAUCUGGAGCACAGGAGCGCACAGAUGGAGCGCAGGAGGCAGGAGCUGGAGAGCAUUGCCUCCAUCAGUAACACCGCCCUCUUCCUGGAGGAGUACUGCAAGUUUAAGAACACUGAGGACGGUGCCUUCCCGAGUGUUUACAUAGGACUCAAGGAUAAGCUCUCGGGCAUCCGCAAGGUCAUCACAGACUCCACUGUUCACUUAAUCCAGUUGCUACAGAACUACAAGGUCCAGCUCCAGGAUUUCUGCAAGGAAGAGGAAUAUGAUAUCAGAACUCAAGUGUCUGCCGUGGUCCAGCGCAAGUACUGGACCUCAAAACCUGAGCCCAGCACCCGGCACCAGUUCCUCCAGUAUGCAUGUGACAUCUCGUUUGACCCGGACACGGCACACAGGUAUCUCCGGCUGCAGGAGGACAAUCGCAAGGUCACCAACACCACGCCCUGGGAGCAUCCCUACCCGGACCUCCCCAGCAGGUUUGUGCACUGGCGGCAGGUGCUGUCGCAGCAGAGCCUGUACCUGCACAGGUACUAUUUUGAGGUCGAGACCUCCGGGGCGGGCACCUAUGUUGGCCUCACCUGCAGAGGCAUCGACCGGAAGGGGGAUGAGCGCAACGGUUGCAUUUCUGGGAACGACUUCUCCUGGAGCCUCCACUGGAAUGGGAAGGAGUUCACAGCCUGGCACAGUGACACGGAGACCCCGCUCAAAGCCAGGCCUUUCCGGAGGCUGGGGAUCUACGUCGACUUUCCGGGAGGGAUCCUGUCCUUCUACGGCGUGGAGUCUGACGCCAUGACUCUGGUUCACAAGUUUGAGUGCAAGUUUUCGGAGCCGGUCUACCCUGCCUUCUGGCUUUCCAAGAAGGAAAACACCAUCCGGAUCAUGGAUCUGGGAGAGGAGCCCGAGAAGCCAAUGCCAACUUCAGUGCAGGCUGCUCCCUAGACUCCAGCCUCCGUCCCUCAGACUCUCACUGACCACAAAAGAUGGGACAGUGGCUUGCAUCUUGAGGGUGGCCCGGGGAUGGAAAUCUCCACCAGGGGAGAAAGGUCUCUGGCUUCUCCCUCCUGCUCCCUGCUGUGCUGUUCUCUCUGUUUGCAGUAAUCCCUAAGCACCUGCCUCCUCUUUCUCACCUUCUAGUGAUAUUCUCCUGUCUGCGCAGGUGCCUACAUUCAGUAGCCGGGAACCUUCAGAGUGAUCCCAAAAGAUUGCCGAGUAAUCAGAAUAGACCGCAAGCUCUGUGUUGCA